UUUAAAUAUGUAAUUGUGCCAACUGGCAGGAAGAUACAGCGAUUUGUAAACAUGGCUGUUGAGGGGAACAGCGUGGCCCUACCGCAGUUUCUUAAGAAAAUAGAACUGAUAAAACAGGGUGCAGAAGCUCGUGUAUAUCGAGGGUCAUUUUUGGGCAAGCCAACCAUUGUAAAAGAAAGGUUUCCGAAAUUGUAUAGACACCCGUUAUUGGAUGAAAAACUCACACAUCGCAGAACCGUGCAAGAGGUGCGCUCAAUACUUCGCUGUCGAAAAGCUGGCAUAUCUGCACCAGUCGUCUACUUUGUAGACUACACCUCCCACUGCAUCUUCCUGGAAGACAUCGUCGGCUCCAUCACCGUACGAGACCACAUCGCCUCCACCCCGCUCUCCUCUGCCCAGAAAAUCCCAGAGGAACGCCUGGACCAGCUCGCUAAGAAGAUGGGUCAGAUUCUGGCCAAAAUGCACGAUGAGGACGUUGUCCAUGGAGACUUGACCACUUCCAACAUGCUGUUGAAGGCGGGCACUGAGAGCGGAGAGACGGAGCUGGUCCUCAUUGACUUUGGCCUGAGCUACAUAUCGGCGCUGCCCGAGGACAAGGGAGUGGAUAUGUACGUGCUGGAGAAAGCUUUCCUCAGCACCCACCCCAACACUGAGGCUCUGUUCGAGAAGCUGCUGAAGGCCUACGCAGCCUCAUCCAAGAAGUCCCACGCUGUCAUCAAAAAGCUUGACGAAGUUCGGUUGAGAGGGCGAAAGAGGUCGAUGGUCGGUUGAGAGGGAGAAAGAGGUCGAUGGUCGGUUGAGGGGGAGAAAGAGGUCGAUGGUCGGUUGAGGGGGAGAAAGAGGUCGGUUGAGGGGGAGAAAGAGGUCGGUUGAGGGGGAGAAAGAGGUCGGUUGAGGGGGAGAAAGAGGUCGGCUGAGAGGGAGAAAGAGGCCGUGGGUCGGGUGAGAAUAGAAAGGUCGAUGGUAGGUUGAGAGGGAGAAAGAGGUCGAUGGUCGGUUGAGGGGGAGAAAGAGGUCGAUGGUCGGUUGAGGGGGAGAAAGAGGUCGGUUGAGGGGGAGAAAGAGGUCGGUUGAGGGGGAGAAAG